CAGGACCAGAUUGUGAGGACGGAGCAGUGUUUCAUCCUGUUGACGUAGGGUCGCUAUGAAUUGGAACCAACUCAAUGGCACCUAACAACAGCCACAACAAGCAACCACUCUACUGGGUUAGAAAUGCUUUCGUUUGAUUAAAUACAGGAAAGACAAAACAAAGAUAUAACCUUGUAUUUUAAACUAUUUUUCUUCCUAAUCUGAGAUAAUUUAAAGUACAAAGACAUGAUCUAACCCUUUGAAGAUAUUUUGCUUAUGUUAAAUAUAAUCAGAGACCAGCAUAAAAUACUACUGGACAAAUCCUACCCUGUUAUAAAAAGUGAGCAGUUCAGUAAGGUGGGAAAAGCAAAGAAAAAGGUGACUGGAAACAAAACAAAACAAAAAUGUUAAAAAAUAUAUAUAAUAAUCUGUAAAAUAGGGGGUGCUAAUAGCUGUGCUAUGAGUUGUGUUUUUUUUUUUUGUUUGUUUUAAUAGCUGUACCACAAGGCAAUAAUAUUGAGAAAUAGCAUAUGAAACAAGGUACGUGAUGAGUGACUUGUUUUUUGUUUUAGUUGCCAGCUUUAUAAAGAGUGUUUCUAAUCAGGGAAUUAUAAACCUAAGAUUCAUAUUUAAAUAUUUCCAGUAAACUUCCAUUAUCCAAAUGUAAAAUGCACUACAAUAAUACUGCUUACAUCUUUCAUUCAGGUUCCACGCUAGCUUCCUUCUUACAGCCCUUCUCUCUUCAGAGCCAAUCGCUCUUGACCUGACACAGGUAGUGAUGAGAAAUCAUACCGCCAUAACUACAUUCAUCCUGCUGGGGUUGACAGAUGACCCAAUUCUACAGAUUCUGCUUUUAAUGUUUUUAUUUCUCACCUACAUUUUGAGUGUAGCUGGGAACCUGACAAUUAUCACCCUCACACUUUUAGAUUCUCACCUUAAGACUCCCAUGUAUUUUUUCCUCCGAAAUUUCUCUUUCUUGGAAGUGUCAUUCACCACUGUCUGUGUGCCCAGAUUUCUGUACACCCUGACAACUGGAGUCAAAACAAUUACCUAUACUGCUUGUGCCACACAGAUGUUUUUUGUUGUCCUCUUUGGAGCCACCGAAUUUUUUCUCCUUGCUGCCAUGUCCUAUGAUCACUAUGUGGCCAUCUGUAAGCCCCUGCAUUACACAACCAUCAUGAACAGUAAGGUCUGCACUACCCUUGUUCUCUGCUCCUGGUUUGCUGGCCUGUUGAUCAUCCUCCUACCUUUUAGUAUGGGUCUCCAGCUGGAAUUCUGUGACUCAAAUCUCAUUGAUAGUUUUGGCUGUGAUACGUAUCCUGUUUUACAGAUAUCCUGCUCAGACACAAUGCUUAUAGAAGAAAUUGCUUUGGGUUUUGCCGUGGUAACACUAAUUAUUACCCUAAUUGGUGUGGUUCUUUCAUACACAUACAUUGUCAAGACCAUUCUAAAAUUCCCUUCUGCCCAACAAAGAAAAAAGGCCUUUUCUACAUGUUCUUCUCACAUGAUUGUGGUUUCCAUGACCUAUGGCAGCUGCAUCUUCAUCUACAUCAAGCCUUCAGCAAAGGAAGGAGUGGCCCUUAAUAAGAUGGUGUCAAUGCUAGCCACUUCUGUUGCCCCUUUGCUUAACCCAUUCAUUUAUACACUUUGAAACAAACAAGUCAAAGAAGCCUUCAAAGACACUGUUAAAAAAAUUGCAUUUCUCACAAAGAAGUAAGAGACGAUUAAUGCUUUGUGGCGGAGCUUAAAUCUGAAUAACCCAUAAUCAUCUUUCAU